UGGGACGUUAAACAUUCAGUCGUGUAUCUGCUCCGUUGUGUUAAGGGUCCUUUCUUUAACAGUUUUAUAUCGAAUUUGUAGUUACAAUGUCCGUAAUAAAGAAAGAUACACCAAUGAUGCCAGCAUUGGGCGACCCAGUAGCUUUUGCAAAGGAUUUUUUGGCUGGAGGUAUUUCAGCUGCUGUAUCCAAGACUGCUGUCGCCCCUAUUGAACGUGUAAAACUGUUAUUGCAAGUACAACAUAUUUCCAAACAAAUUGCGCCGGAAGAUCGUUAUAAAGGUAUGGUUGAUUGUUUCAUUCGUAUUCCUAAGGAACAGGGAAUGACUGCAUACUGGAGAGGAAACAUGGCCAACGUGAUCAGAUACUUCCCGACUCAAGCAUUGAACUUUGCAUUCAAAGAUAAAUACAAGCAAGUAUUUUUGGGUGGAGUUGACAAAAAUACCCAAUUUUGGCGUUAUUUUGCUGGUAAUUUAGCAUCUGGUGGAGCUGCUGGAGCUACUUCUUUAUGUUUUGUCUACCCAUUAGACUUUGCUAGGACUAGAUUAGCUGCUGAUGUUGGUAAAGCUGGAGCAGCCCGAGAAUUCAAUGGUUUAGGAGAUUGCUUAACUAAAGUAUUCAAAUCUGACGGCAUUGUUGGAUUAUACAAAGGUUUUGGUGUAUCAGUUCAAGGUAUUAUUAUUUAUAGAGCUUCAUACUUCGGUUGCUUUGACACGGCCAAGGGUAUGUUACCCGACCCUAAAUCUGCAGGCUUCUUGGUUUCUUGGGCUAUUGCUCAGGCCGUAACAACUGUUGCUGGCAUUGUUUCAUACCCCUUCGAUACAGUCAGGAGACGUAUGAUGAUGCAGAGUGGUCGUGCUAAAUCUGAAUUAGUUUACAAGAGCACUCUUCAUUGUUGGUCUGUAAUUGCUAAGACUGAAGGAGCUGGAGCCUUUUUCAAAGGAGCUUUCUCCAAUGUUUUAAGAGGAACUGGUGGUGCUUUAGUAUUGGUAUUGUACGACGAAAUCAAGGACCUUAUUGUCUAAGAUAAAUUAAUUCCAUUCAUAGUAACCAAUUAAUAAGUUAGCAAGGAUAAAUCUAAAGAUUCUCUAAGUUAUAUAAAUGUGUAUCAUGUCAUUUGAAUAUUUUGUAUUAUAAAACAUCAUUAUUGUUAUUACCUAUGUAAAUAAAAAAUAUAGUUGUUACUUA